AUGUGUCGCUUCCUCGUCUACAAAGGUUCCAACCCAAUCCUUCUCUCGGACCUAAUCCUCAACCCUACGCACUCAAUCCUCACCCAAUCUUAUGACUGCCGUCUCCGCCUGGACCGCCGUCCUCACAAUGGCGAUGGCUUCGGCGUCGGCUACUACACGACCCCCGAAUUAUCCUCCGAGCCCUGCAUCUUCACGUCCACCACCCCCGCCUGGAAUUGCGUCAACCUUGCCCGCAUCGCCAAAAAGACCGUCUCAAGUCUAGUCUUCGCCCAUGUCCGCGCUACCACCACAGGCGCCCUCAGCGAGAGCAACUGCCACCCGUUCUCCUACGGUAGUCUGAUGUUUAUGCACAAUGGUCACUUGGCAAACUUUACCAGAAUCAAGAGGAGGCUAGUUAGCAGCAUAAAGGACGAGUUCUUCUUGAUUGUUGAGGGCUCAACAGACAGCGAGUGGGCGUUCGCGCUGUACCUUGAUACCCUUGCGUCGCUGGGCGUAGACCCAAAGAAUCCGCCUAUGCCGACUGGGUUCGGACAUACACUUCUGCGCCAGGCGAUGUUGGGGACAAUCCGGAGGUUGAAUGAGUUCUGGAGUGAGAUUGGCGUGGAUGAGCCAAGCUUGCUGAACUUUGCAGUGACAGAUGGACAUAGUGUUGUGUGCACACGCUACGUGACAUCGCAGACAGAGGAGGCAGCGAGUCUAUACUUUUCGUCCGGAACAAGGUUUCACGAGUACAAAGAAGGAGGGUUCUAUCGGAUGGAACGACAUGAUCGUGGACAAGAUCUUGUUAUGGUUGCCAGUGAGCCAUUGACGUUCGAGCGUGGUGAUUGGGUUACUGUGCCAACAAAUAGUGUGCUGAGUAUCAACAAGCAGACUGUGUUGAUUCAUCCGAUUGUUGAUCAAUAUUACCAGUCAAAUCCCUCGUUUGCGCGCUCGACAGCACUCGCUGAGUCGAAGGGCAUGGUCGGACAGGGCCCUGAAGCUCCCGCCACGGGCAUACCCACUUCCGUCCCCGUCCCCGCCCCUACCCCCUCUCUCUCUACCUCAACUUCUACAAACGGUGCACCUACGCCUAAAACUAGCGGUACUACAACACCAAAAUCAGUAGCAACCCCACCAUCAGUAGAAAAAGUACAGCCCAAAGCCAAGAAGGAAAUCCCUCAUAAACUGCAAAUUUCAACACUACACAACAAGAAAGAACAGGAAAUAUGGAAAGAAACCGGCUUGAUUGUCCGAGUAGUUCUUCUGGCGCUGGUGUCGUUGAUGGUGUUAGUGAACAGGGGGUAUCUCGAUUUGGAGAGUAUUCCGGAGGCGCUUGACGGGUGGAUAAAAUCUAUGCAGUGA